GUGUGACGGUGCCACAAAGAAUAAGAUUUAUUCAAGAGAGCUUUUGCAGUUAAUAGAAUAAUAUACGUACGAUAGUACACAAAGAGGUGGAGACAGUUAAUACGGUGCGAGUGCAACUUACACAGCUAUAAGAAACUACGUUUAGAAUUAUAGAAAAGCCAUUUUGUUUUCAAGAAAGCCAUCUUUAAAAAAAAACGUCAAGGUAGAGAACUUUCUAUAGGUAUAGUGUUAUCAAUGUUUAGUUCAGUUUUUAAAUUAACACAGAGAUUUUCGCCAUUGAUUUAGUAUCGCCCACCUUGAUACAUGCAUAUUUUUCUUUUAUUGACAGGAUAUGAUAAGCUGAAACCAUAUGGGUUCCCAGUUCAUGGAGCUAUAGAUGGGUAUAGCAGGAAAAUCCUAUGGUUGGAGGUCUCAAGGUCUAACAACAACCCUGAAUUGAUAGCUGCAAUGUAUUUGGAUUGUGUCCAAGAGUCUGAUGGUUGUCCAAUAUUAUUAAGAACUGACUGUGGUACAGAAAAUGGCACUAUGGCAUCUAUGCAGGCAUAUUUCAGACAGUAUCAGGAAGAUAGAUUUGCUGGGGAAAACGCUCACAGAUAUGGUACCUCUCCAGCAAACCAACGCAUCGAAUGUUGGUGGUCAUUUCUCAGAAGAGGGCGGUCUUCCUGGUGGAUUGAUUUGUUUAAAAGCUUGGUAUUAAAUGGUGAGGUGGAAUUGGGAAGUGAGCUACAAAGAGAAUGUUUAUGGUUCUGCUACAAUAGGUUGAUCCAAGAUGAUCUUGAUCACGUGAAACUGCAUUGGAACACUCAUCGAAUCCGGCCGUCACGACAUGGAACUGUACCUGGUAUCCCUGAUGUCCUUUACUUUCUUCCACAGCAGCAAGGAGUGAAUGAUUGCAAAGUCCAUGUUAAAAAAUGUCACAUGCUUGAAAUGGAAAAUAAUUUGGAAGCAAGUUCAGAGACUGAACUAAGCACAUACCAAGAAUACUUCCAUUACAUCAUUGACAAUGAAAACCUCCCAUACCCAAAGGAUACAGGUGAUGCGUACAGGUUAUUCGAGAAACUUGUUUUUAUUGCAAACCAGUAA